CCAUAAAAACUUGCCAACUCCUACCCAGCAGGGCUAGUCACUUGCUGGAAGGACUGGGGCUUCUUCGAUAGGCCGUGGAUGCAGAUGCUGCUGGCCGUAGGCCCGUAGCACUCUUCCACCUCCGUCUGGGGGAACUGAUGGACAGUUGCGUCGUCACGGGUGAGCGGCGGGUCUGCCCCUUCCCCUUUGUCAUGUUCAUCGUGCGCCUAGCAUAGCACCAACACAGCACCAACACUACACCAACACUACACCAGCACUACACCAACACCAAGACUAUGAUGUUUAACCGCGCUUGCGGCUAACAGUCCAAGGGAGGGGGGUGGUUUCAACGGCGGGGACAACCUUCGUGACGAACUAAUCAACAAAUGCUUCAACCGCGAUGACGACAACAUGUCGGCCGUAUUCGACUCGAGCGACGAUGAAAGGCACUGCAAGAUCGACCUGUUGAAUCGGGGAGGUGUGGUUUCAUGGGAGGACGCAGAACAUGUCAUCCAACACACAUCCAACUUGUCAAUGGACUUUCACGUCGAUACUUCGGAACAACGAGCUCUUUUCGUUCUUCAUACUCCUGUGUAUCUGAAGGCCAGCAUGCCCAACUAUCUGGUUUUCCGUCUUCUCAUGUAUCCCGAGAAUAUUCGGUCCAUCGAAUUUGAUCCGAAAACCCGUCCACCUAUACCUGGCAUGGAAAACGCGCCCAAUAAGUUCAUGCGUUUACGCUUCCUCAUGACGCAACCACCCAGCUUGGCGGUCCCCAAAGAUCGCCCUUUGGAACCAAAGCCACGAUCUCGAGACCUGUUGGACACUCUGAAGACCCUUGCUACAGUCCAGGAACUCAACAUCUACCUGGACAAGCUCUGCUUUGUACCGGAGGUUCGGUUCCAAUUAGCUUUGCUUCCGGCUGUCUUCCCAUCCACCAAUCUUGGCGAUCGACCAAAAACGGAUCCCGAUCGGUCGAAUCUCCAAGUCUUGCACAAGGGUCUGGGCGCCGUGAUUCUUGAGAUGGGUGCAACUGUUGCUGGACCCGGCGCAACUUUGGCAAAUACCGCGGCAAAGCAAGUCGUGCAUGAAACGAUAGAAGAAGUGGCGCCGGCAUACAUCAAGGAUGGCUCUCUCCAGAGUCCGGCGCAAGUGAUAACCCCUUCCGACCGCAAACGUCGGCGAACAAGUGAAUCCCUAUCUCCCUCAACCACCGACAAGCGCAUCCUCACUGCCUUCGCCGAUCUGAAAAGUCGCUUCGAACACCUUGAAAAGAGACUGGCCGGCUCUUUUCGAUGCGAUCACACUCCAUGCCGAUACGAUACGGAGGAAAUGGAGCACAUCAUCGGUCAUGUGAACGAUAAAAUCGACACUGACAUGGAAAAUGUGCAAUGGGAGUUGGAGGACAAUUUGUUUGGCGAGACGCAGCAGCUUGUGGUAGAGAAGACGGAGGAGCAGCAGUCGCAGUUGUGGGCCGAUAUGCGAGAGGGCUUGAUGGACGAAAUGCGACGGGAGAUUAAGGAGGAACUGAAGGCGGAGCUGAGACAGGAGCUGGCGGCAGAGGUUAAGAUGGAACUGUUCAAGGACAUGGCGCAGGCGAUGAUGAGGGCGGCGUGCGGUGACGGUGGAAAGUCUGGGACGGGCAUGUCACAAAGCACGCAGAGCACGGAUUCGACACAAUGAGGCAAGCCAUCGGCUGGUCCGAUAUCCUCAUUUCACGAUCUCACGAAUGAACAUGAUUUCUUCCCCCCUCCCCAAUA